UUCAACCAGUGACCACAAGUGUCGACUUACAAAAUAUAGUACCACUUAACCUUACAAGUAAAUUGCUCAGCUAUGAAUUCUACUGCUGUUGUUUUUGUUUUUGAACAAACCAACCUCAACAUCAAAAUCAAUACCGAGUCCCGGAGCCAUUUUCGACCAUUAAGGCUACGAAUACAUGAAAGAUUAUUGAACUGACCCCUAUCAUCAACAUCUAUCUACAGCCGCACCUCACACUUUCCAGAUGAGCUAUUAGCCAGGCAUUAUCAAAUAAUACAGUACCUACUACCGUCGAUAGGUCUACCGAUUCGCCAGAUCCUAAUAGUCCUUUGAGGCUGCCAUAGCACCAAUUGGUUGAGUUGAUUCAGGUAGGUCUUGCUUGCCUCCAUCUUGGAAUCAGCCAGCUGAGCAGAGAGUUGAGCAUUGGAGAAUUGAGAAUUUUAAGAAUUGAUUCCGCCUUAUCCGCCUGCACUUCCACCCCUCUACCUUUCUGCGGAGAUACGGAAUAUAUGGGAUGCAUAAAGCAAUCCUUGCAACUGUCGAACUGAGUGCACCAAAUCACAUUCAUUCAUAUUAAUAGAAGCAAGCACUACCUACUCGUACUCGUAAUGAACUCAGAAUCCAAAUCUAUCUUUGCUUCCAAAAUUGACGACAGCUUUCAUCAUCAUCACCAUCACCACCAUCAUCUGCAUCAAGGAGUGAACAGAGUCAAGAGCAAAGUCGGCCGCGGAACAAUCACAAUCACCAAAAAUCCCAUACCGUUACCAAUACCCAUACCGACACCCUUACCAAUAAUACCAAUUUCAGAACAAACACAGACGUCAUGUGGGGUCGAGAGCCAUGGAUCUAGCUUGGAUCGGACAAAGGGACAGGGGUCCACUCCAACACACGGGUCAGAAGAACUAGAAACUCGAGAUUCUCGAGAAACUCGACUGUUCACCUCAAAAACCCAUUCUCAACCUCAAAUCACUCGUGUUGUUGAUAUUCCACUAUCACCGUUGCGAGAAUCCACCUCCUGGUCUAUUGCUUCCUAUGGAGACGCAGAAGAAUUAGAGGAUAUAGAGAUUCAAAGAGCGGCCGUCUCAUCUAUCACUUCAUCUACGGCCCUCCCGUCCUUGUCGCGACAGCACUCAAAACAUUCCAGAGAGGAGGACAAUAAUGUUUCGGGGACAACCAUCGACGCAAUCCCGGAACCACCGGUAGGCCUUCUUCAAUACACCCUUUUUGUUUGUUUUGCACAUUUAUCAAACUAAACACUUUCUCCAUGUCCAGUCAAAACGACAGUGCGCAAAAUUAGAACAUUGUCAUAUCCUCCAGUCAGAUAAUGAAGCAGCCGCCGAUUUCUCUGCAACUCUACAAUCUCCCAGAUCUCCCCGAUCUCCCCGAUUCACAACCCACAAACUCAAAAGAUCAUAUUCUUGCCCCAGAUCUCCGAAUAUAGAUACACCAGCUAUGUCGAAACCAGAAUUGGAUAGCAAUGGUACCGCAACACUCAAGUCAGUUCGCUACUAAAUUUCUUAUGUUGAUAACUUUUACAAUAUAUGGAUUGUUAGCAAGAUUCCUUGUAAUUCCUAUGGCAUCACUUUCACAUCUAUUAUAUUUUGAGGAGCCGGGGUGAUACUAACGCUCCUUUACUCAAAGGUUAGCCCGUGGCAAUAUUUUGGGGAACAACUCAAAUCCUCCUGGGAUAUCUACCGGGCCCACGACGAUGCUAGGAAUACAGAGACGCACCAACACCCCCAAACUGGAGCCAAAUCCUCGAGAAGGCUCAUUGAUUUAUAAAGUGGGCAUAAUUGAACUUCUAGAACAAGAUGAGAGACCAACUUUCAUAAUAGAUGUUUCUAAUCAGGAUAAUUACAUACCGGGCGGUCGCCUACGAGUAGAAUAUGCGAAUGCAUCACUCCGCGCCAUCAGCCCGUUAUUAGAAAUGGUAGCAGGAUUUGCAGAUCUAUCUUCCCCCACUAUUGUCACAAAUGCAUUUCCGGAGUUUAAAGCAUGGGUACUAAGUUUCGUGAGCAAACAAAGCGAAUCUUUAGAUAUAUGCUUACCAUCAUUUUUGUAUGGCGGGUUCAUAUGGAGUUGUUCAACUUUACGAAAACGUCUUCGGGUGAUGAGUGGCAUCAGAGCUCAACUUCCAACAACUAAUUCCACCUCAUCAAACGCAAAUAAUAACAGCUCUGCACAGAAUCAAGGUCCUCUAGUAGUUCAAGACUUGUCAAGCUCAACUGACCUAUUUCCUGAGCGGAACGAUUACUUUGGAGACCUAGCUCCGACUGUACCAGAUCCAAGUCCAGCAGACACACUUGUUUCAAGGUAUCACGUACCACGAAUUGGUGGCUCCUCUUUCGAUUGGACCAGACUUCCGCUGUCUGCAGCAUUACCUAGACAUGUUCAAUUCACCCGUAGUGUCAAUUGGUCGGCAACCCCUCUUGGACCAAUGAAAAACUGGAGUUUUGACCUGAGAGCCAUGUGCAAUCUCAUUAUGGGAAGCCCUCACCCGGCCGCCAUGUACUGGGGAAGUGACUAUACAGCCAUAUAUAAUGAAGCAUAUAUAUUAAUAGCCGGACAAAAGCAUCCCAACUUGAUGGGACAAAGCUACAAAACUGGUUGGGUGGAAAUCUGGGGUGAAAUCGAAGGAGUAUUUUCAAAAGCUAAAUCAUCCGGCCAAGCUACCAUGAAGGAUGAAGAUCGACUUUUCAUCAAGCGAAAUGGUUACCUAGAAGAGUGCUAUUUUGACUGGAGUAUUAUUCCACUAGUCGGGGAAGAUGGUUCUGUAGCCGGGUUAUACAAUCCGGCAUGGGAAAAAACGAGAAGAGUGAUUUCGGAACGUCGUAUGCUUACUCUGCGAGAAGUAGGAGAAAAGACAGCCACCGCCAGAAACAUCAAAGGAUUUUGGUCACAGGUCAUCAAAGCCUUACAGUACAAUCCCUUUGACAUACCAUUUGCUCUUCUCUAUUCGGUCAAUGAGGAUGUCGAUAGUGACAUGAGCUCGCAGCGAUCCUUGAACUCUGGAAGCAUAUCACAAGCUCCUUGUUGUGUGUUAGAGGGAACAAUAGGUGUACCUUCAGGUCAUCAAUCAGCAACCACACCGUUGGAUCUUCACCUCAGUGAAGAUGGGUUUGGUCCAUAUCUGAGAGAAUCUAUGAGGCUUGAUCGACCUGUACUUCUUACUACCGAGGAGGGUACUCUGCCAACGGGACUUAUCGAAGGUCUUGAAUGUGUAGGAUUUGGUGAUCCUUGUCGAGCUGCUGUGAUCAUACCACUUCAUGCCACCAGUAGAGAAUCUAUACUAGGUUUCUUGGUCAUGGGUGUGAACCCCAGAAGACCCUACGAUGAUGAUUAUAGUCUGUUUGUUGAGCUCACGACUCGCCAAUUAGCAACUUCAAUGGCGUCGGUGGUUCUAUACGAGGAAGAAAUUCGCAAAGGCCAGAAAGCAGCACGCAUCGCAGCGCAAGAUCGUCAGGAAUUGUCGGAGCUUGUCAAUCUACGCACUCAAGAAGCGGUGGAAAGUGAAAGCAGAUUUACUCGCAUGGCUGAAAUGGCCCCUGUUGGGAUGUUCAUUGCAAACGCUCAUGGAGAAAUCACAUUCUCUAACGAUGCUUGGUGGGAAAUAUCGCGACAUCCUCGUACAGAAAAUAGCGCAAAGUCAUGGAUGGAUAGUAUAAAAGAAGAAGACCGCGAAGGAGUCGAGGCUACCUGGAACAGGUUAGUUACGCAGAAAGUCAACGUGACAAAAGAGUUUCGUUUCAAAACACCAUGGCAAAGUAAGCAUGCUUUGACUGAUACGUGGGCUCUCAUGAAUUGCACUUCACUGAGGGAUGGAGACAAUAAUUUGAUGAGCAUCUUCGGUUGUAUCACGGACAUAUCGCACCAAAAAUGGGCAGAAGAAUUCCAGAAACGGAAGACGGAAGAGGCUGUCGAGCUUAAACGACAACAGGAGAAUUUCAUCGAUAUGACCAGUCAUGAGAUGCGCAACCCCUUGAGUGCGAUCUUACAAUGCUCGGACGAGAUCACCAGUGCGUUGACUUGUUCUACCAUCAGAAGUCUAGUUUCAAGCAUGCAGAAUGCGGAAACGUCCAAGGAGAUUUCAGAGUACAUCGAAAGUAGUAUUGAUGCGGCCCAGACUAUCGCACUUUGUGCCCAACAUCAGAAACGCAUUGUCGAUGAUAUUCUGACCUUGUCCAAAUUGGACUCGGCGCUUUUGGUCGUGGCGCCUGUCUCGUCACAGCCAGUAUCUGUUGCCAGGCGCGCCAUCAAGAUGUUUGAAGGAGAUAUAGAAAAACAUGGCAUCUCUAUUGAAUUUCAAAUCCAGGACUCAUAUUCUGACCUCAAUAUCAGUUGGGUAAAACUGGAUCCAUCACGGCUUCUACAGGUCCUGAUUAACUUGCUCACGAAUGCUAUCAAAUUCACCACUGGUCAACCGCAACGCUUAAUUGUUGUGAGUAUCGGGGCUACAAAGGAACAUCCGGCAGACAGAGAUACCACUGUCCAGUAUUUCCCUUCCCGCUCAGGUAUUACGGAUUUGGUAAUGGAUGAAGCAGAAUGGGGCACAGGCGAAAAUUUAUACUUGAAAUUUGCAGUUCAAGAUACAGGCAGGGGGCUUGACGAAAAAGAAGUGUCGAUUCUGUUUCAACGAUUUUCGCAAGCAUCUCCACGUACUCACGUCCAAUACGGCGGGUCAGGUCUAGGAUUGUUCAUCUCAAGAGAAUUAACCGAGCUCCAAGGAGGGCAAAUUGGAGUCUCCUCGGAGAAGGGUGUGGGAAGUUGUUUCGCAUUUUACGUGAAAGCUCGCCGAGCCGACCGCACGCCUGAAACGUCACCUCUAUCUUCCCCAACUCGCAACGCCGUUAAUCGGAAGCACUCCCUGCGCACACCGAGUCGCGCAACUGGAGAAAGUACCAAUAACUCAUUUGAAGAGCGUAUACCGACCCAGUACGUAUAUUUAGUGUUUCUUUUUAUCCAUCUGAGACGAAGAACUUCUGAUCCAGCACAUUGCAAUAAUUUCUUGCUGACAUUGAGAUAGAUCCGUACGUGAAGAGCCAAUAAAUAUACCCAGAAUAUCACCUAUCCCAAAGGUAGAUUACAAAAAUAUUACAAUUCUUAUCGUUGAAGAUAAUCUUGUAAAUCAACGCGUUUUGCAAAAACAAUUACAUAGAGCCGGAUUUGUGACAGAAGUUAGCAACCAUGGCUUGGAGGCUUUGCAUAAACUGGAAGCAUCUUCCUUUUGGAAGCAUGGAGAGAACACUGGUGACAGUGGUAACAGAACCAACAUCUCGUGUGUUCUCAUGGAUCUUGAAAUGCCAAUAAGUAUGUGCACAUGCCUUUCACUUUCCUGGAACUUUCGAAUAUAAUGCUUACAAUUCACCUAUUAGUGGAUGGUCUUACUUGUACCAAAAAGAUACGAGCACUAGAAGCUGAUGGAACGAUUGUUCGUCAUGUUCCAAUAAUUGCAGUUACAGCAAAUGCCAGAUUGGAACAAAUUGAGACGGCCCUAGCUACUGGAAUGGUAAAAUCUCCUGUACUUACUCUUUAUCAAAAAGAAUGCCAUUUGUUUGAAUAUGGCUAAUGUUCGAACUUAGGAUGAUGUUGUUUCUAAACCAUUUCGCAUGCCAGAUUUAAUACCUAAAGUUGAAGUAUUAGUUGCGAAAAGUCGAGCUAUACAAAACACAGAAUUACAGUAGUCAUGUAUACAGACCCUAUGGGGUUUUUUAUCUCUGAGAUUUUUUGGAAGAUGCCUUUCAAUGGAGAAAAGGUUAAAAAAUUAGAUGGUCCACAUCAUUGAUUGUUUAUGCAUCAUAAUGGCGUUUGGGAUUUUUGUCUGGAUG